AUGUCAAUAGAAGAUGAAGAAAAGACCGCUUUCAUCACCGAUGAGGGAACAUUCUGCUAUACUAAAAUGCCCUUCGGUCUCAAAAACGCGGGGGUGACAUACCAAAGGUUUAUGAACACCUUAUUCAGGGAGCAAAGGGGAAGGAAUCUAGAGGUGUAUGUUGACGACAUUGUCAUCAAGAGCCUGACGGAGGCAGCCAUGAUAGACGACAUAGCCGAGACUCUCAACACAAUGCAAGAUGUAAACAUGAAACUGAACCCCGGGAAAUGCCAUUUCGGGGUAGAGGAAGGAAAUUUCCUGGGGGUGGUGGUAACUAAAGGAGGGAUAAGGGCAAACCCAGAAAAAACCCAGGCUGUGGCCGAAAUGCGAUCCCCCAGGUCCUUGAGGGACAUCCAGCAACUAAAUGGAAGGUUGAUUACGCUAAAUCGUUUCUUAUCAAAAGUGGCUGACAAAACCCUCCCUUUUAUGAAGGUGUUAAAGGACUGCAUCCAGACGAACAAAUUCAACUGGACCACCGAGGCUGAAACCGCCUUUCAAGAAAUGAAGGCUUACAUCUGCAAGCUCCCAACGUUGGCCACCCCGGUGCCCGGGGACCCGUUGCUCCUUUACCUAUCUGCCUCUAAAACGACCAUAAGCGCAGUCAUGAUGGUGGAACGGGAGGGGAAGCAGAUCCCCAUAUAUUUCAUCAGUAGAACACUAAAGGGGCCUGAGGAACGGUACAUGCCACUGGAGAAACUUGCAUUAGCCCUGGUCUUUGCCUCUCGGAGGCUCAGAAGAUACUUCCAAGGGCAUAAGGUCACGUUAGUCACUGAUCAACCUCUCCAGAAAAUACUGGCCGACUUCCUAGCAGAGGUACCCGAAGACGAAGAGAGGGAACUACAAAAGUGGGAAACUCUGGAGGAGGAAGAAAGAAGGAGGGGGGACGAAGCCGUUUGGAAAUUGUUCACUGAUGGAGCAUCCAGUGAAGAAGGGAAUGGUGCAGCCAUCACGUUGACAAGCCCCGAGGGGGUUGAGCUGACAUAUGCUAUAAGGCUAGAUUUCGAGAACACCAACAACACCGCCGAAUACGAAGCCCUUCUAGCAGGGAUGAGAUUGGCACAGAAGAUGAAAGCAAAACACGUGGAGGCCAGCACCAACUCUCAGUUGGUAGUGAAGCAGUAUCAGGGGGAAUAUGAAGCGAAGGAUAGCAUCAUGGCUCAGUAUGUGGCGAAGGUUAAAGAGACAGCUAAGGCAUUCAGAACCUUCAAACUGGAAUACAUCCCUCGGGGGAGGAACAGAAAGUCUGAUGCACUCAGCAAGCUAGCUUCAGUAGCAUUCGACCAUCUCGCGAAGGAGGUCAAAGUAGAGGUCUUGACAUCCCCCUCCUUGGACGUAACGGAAGUAGCCACAAUCGAAGGUUCCCAAGAAACAUGGAUGACUACAAUCAUUAAAUUCCUCCGGGACGGGACCUUGCCCGAAGGGGAAUGGGCGGCUAGAAAGGUAAGAGUCAAGGCCUUACAGUAUGAACUAAUUGGAGAAGAACUAUACCGAAGGUCGUAUCUGGGUCCGUCCCUAAGGUGCAUAGAUAUGGAAGAGGCCGAAUAUGAGAUCCGGGAAAUGCACGAGGGAAUCUGCGGAAUGCACUCAGGACCGAGAGCGAUUGUAAGAAGAGCAAUGAACGCAAGAUUCUACUGGCCACGAAUGUACGAGACGGCAUCCGAAGAGAUCAAGAAGUGUGAUAACUGCCAAGUAUAUGCACCAAUGACCCACCAACAUAAACACCCUAUGGUCCCGGUCUUGACAUCUUGGCCAUUUCAAAAAUGGGCCAUAGACAUAAUUGGACCUUUUCCAGAGGGUCCCGGGGGGGUCAAAUACGUGGUGGUGGCCAUCGAUUAUUUUACUAAAUGGAUUGAAGCGAAACCCCUGGCAAAGAUCACCGGAGAUCAAAUGAGACGGUUCGUACUGGAUAACAUCGUGUGCAGGUAUGGGAUCCCGAAGGAACUGGUGAGUGACAACGGGGUGCAAUUCGCCGGGAAACCCUUCAAGCCAUGGUGUGAGCAGAUGAGAAUUCAACAGGUGUUCACCUCCGUAACCCAUGCUCAAAGUAACGGGUUGGUAGAAAGGGCCAACCAGAGCGUUAUCAAAGGGAUGAAAGGCAGGCUUGGGAGAAAACAGAAAGGCUGGCUGGAAGAACUUCCGUUUGUAUUAUGGGCAUACCGGACCACUCCCAAAAGUUGCAAUGGGGACACCCCAUUCAGCCUUACCUACGGGACGGAAGCUAUGAUCCCUGCAGAGAUAGGGUCCCAAACCGCCCGGAUGAAGCUGAGGGAUGAAGAGAAUGAACAGGAUCUAAGAGUGAACCUGAACUUAUUGGAAGAAAGAAGGGAGAUAGCAGCAGUGAAGGAAGCUCACUACAAAAAACUUCUGGCAAGUUACUACAACGCACGAAUGAAGAAGCUCAACCUUGUCCCAGGGGACCUAGUCCUUAGAGCCAACGAGGCCAGUUUACAGGAAAACACCGGGAAGUUAGGACCCAACUGGGAAGGCCCAUAUAGAGUCACAUGGGCCAAAGGGAAGGGAGCGUGCAAGUUGGAAACCUUGGAAGGAAAAGAGGUCCCCAGGACCUGGAACCUGAUGCAGCUCAGGAAAUAUUACAUGUAA